AAGCAACGGUCAAACCAAGAAGAAUAUAACUCCGAGCGAGAGGGAAUAUUCUUAUUAUAUUUCCCGCAUAUUCUACCUUCCUGCAUAUCUUUCUCUCUCUCGAUGUCCAUUCUUCUUGUCGCAUUAAUGGAAAAUUCUCUCUAUAUAUAAACUGUUUAUCUCCGAAACGGAGCAUCGGAGAGACCUGCGACUCCGUGCGGUGAAGGACCAUGAAGUUCUGGAAGAUCCUGAGCUAUCUGAUCGAGCAGACAUUGCCGGAAUGGCAGGACAAGUUCCUGUCCUACAAGGAUCUCAAGAAGCAGCUCAGGCUGAUUUACCCCAAAGAAGCAGAGGCUGGCCCUAGCUACAGGCCCAGUAAACGGCCCAGAGUGGAGGAGGGCGGCGGCGGAGAUAGUCCGGCGGCGGCCGAUGGGAUGGCAAAGGAGGUGUCGGAUUUUGUGAUGCUGUUGGAGGACGAGAUUGACAAGUUCAAUGCGUUCUUCGUUGAUAAAGAGGAGGGGUACAUCAUUCGGUUGAAGGUGCUGAAAGAUUGUGUAGCGAAUGUUGAGGAUUUAAAUGAAGAGUUGAUGACAAUAGUGAGAGAAAUUGUAGAUUUUCAUGGAGAGAUGGUUCUGCUGUUGAAUUACAGUGCCCUGAAUUACACAGGACUAGUGAAGAUCAUAAAGAAAUAUGACAAGCGAAGUGGUGCUCUCAUUCGUUUGCCUUUCAUCCAGAAGGUUUUGCAACAGCCAUUCUUUAAAACGGACAUACUUAACAAGCUUGUGAAGGAGUGUGGAGCAAUGCUUGAUCAGUUUUUCUCCAGCAAGCGAUUGGCCACAUGUCAAGCAGCAGAAACCAAAGAAGAGCUUGAUCCCGAAAUUGAAGACAAGCCUCAGAAAGUUACAGAUGAACUUGCAGAAAUUAUAAACAUUGAAAAUAUGUACUUGAAGCAAACUUUAGCUGCUCUGGAGGUCUUGAACAAGAUUCGAAGUGGAAGUUCUACUGUGAGCGAGUUUUCAUUGCCUCCUAUGCAUCGCAACAACCGGGAGGAGGCAUAGAAGAAAAUCCCAGUGUUGUCAAGCAAGCAGCCAAGUUUUUAGGGGGAGUCUGUAUUUAGUUUCUCCUUUCUCUUUCUAUCUCCUGGCAGGUGAAGUGCCAAGGACAAAUAAUCCGUGUUCAAACCAUGGCUGGGUUGAACUCUGGACGAGUUCUUCUGUAUAGAGCUGUUUUGCUUACACAGAUAUCUUCAUCCCCCUUGGGAAACUGUUGAUUUUGAUUAUUACAGAAUCUGCUGCUUUCCAUAAGCUUGGAACGUUUUGCCUUGAGAGCUAGUUUGCAGAUAUGCUAUUGGCUUAAUGGCAUGGAAGUCCAUAAAUCCUAUGGACUAGUAUACCGCUAUUCAUCUAAUCAGUACACUUAUCCUCUUCCUCAUACUCGUUAUCUACAAGUACCAAUUGGUUAA